AACCACAGCAAACCUCAAAUACGCUCUCCGCUCAAGGUUGUUUUCUCUUCCAAGAACCAAAUCAACAUGGAGGACCUAACUGUGGAAGUAUGCGGCGAAAACGGAGCUCUUUAUAAGGGUUUUGUUAUAGACGUUUUCGAUGAUGAGGUUCUUAUACACUUCGAAGAUGGUUGGCAGCCAGACUCAAAAUUCCCCUUUAGUCAAGUUAAAUUACCCCCAAAACCAGAUCCCAAGGUAGAAUUUACAGAGAAUAUGGAAGUAGAGGUAUAUUCUAGAGCUAAUAACCAAGAAGCCUAUGGAUGGUGGAAAUCAAGGAUAAAGAUGAUGAAGGGCGACUUCUAUGUCCUUGAGUACAUGGGUUGGGAAACAACCUACACAGAAAUAGUUAGUGUGGACCGUCUUAGAGCUAAAAACAGCAAUCCUCCAAUUGAUAAAAAUAUGUUCCACAAAUUUGAAAUCGAAGUUCCUGAAGAUGUUCGUGAAUAUGCCAAGAUAGACAGUGCUCAUAAAGAGUUUCAAAACUCAAUACAUGCAGGAAUCAUAACCUAUAAUGCUGAAAAGGGAGUUUUGAACGUAGUGUCUAGGUGUGAGCAAAGCAGUAAGUUGGCGGCGAUGCUGCAAGACAUGCAUUUCAGAAGCCUCUCACAAAAAGUGCUCUUAUUAAAACGUACAGAAGAAGCUGCCCGUCAACUGGAGAGUACCAAAUUGGCGACAAUAGGAGGGUAUUCAGAUGAGUUCAUCGUUAGAGAAGAUUUAAUGGGUUUGGCAAUCGGAGCGCACGGUGCUAACAUUCAACAAGCUCGAAAAGUAGAUGGAAUUACCAAUAUUGAAUUAGAGGAGAAUUCUUGCACGUUUAAAAUUUAUGGUGAGACUGAUGAGGCUGUGAAAAAGGCGCGAUCCAUGUUAGAAUAUAGCGAAGAAUCUCUCCAAGUUCCCAGGGCGUUGGUCGGCAAAGUUAUAGGCAAGAAUGGCAGGAUCAUCCAAGAAAUUGUCGACAAAAGCGGGGUGGUAAAUAUAGUACGGGUUAAAAUUGAAGGUGACAAUGAGCCACAACCGACCAUUCCACGUGAAGAAGGGCAGGUACCUUUUGUUUUCGUAGGAACUGUAGAGAGUAUAUCUAAUGCAAAAGUACUUCUGCAGUAUCAUUUAGCACACCUAAAGGAAGUAGAGCAGCUUAGACAAGAAAAAUUAGAAAUCGAUCAGCAACUGCGCAGCAUCACCGGUUCAAGCUUAGGUUCAAUGCAAAGCCUCUCUAUGAGUCGCCGAAACGAUCGAGGCUACAAUUCAGACAUGGACGGCAACAGUAGAUCUGGCAGAGGCGGUUCGAUGAGAGGGCGAGGCGGCCGCGGAAGGGGUGGCAGAGGAGGAGGCGGCGAUAGAUACAAUUCUGGUUCGAGACAUCAAACGCCGGACACAACAGACGAACGCGUUCACGACUUACCGCCACGUUAUUACGGAGGACCUAGAGGUAGAGGUGGGCGUCGAGAUCUGCGGCGUGACGACAGAAGGCGCACAACAGAUGACGAGGAUACUGUCCUAGACAGCCAAGAGGUUUCCAGUGUCGAUAGAGAGUCAGUAUCUAGCGCAGAUGUGUCACUACCUGCCGAUGGUGGAUCCCAGCGCAGGCGCAGACGUCGUGGAAGACAGCGUAGCCGUACCCCCUCCCUAUCAAUGACCCGUGAACCAGGUAACGAGAUCUUUGUUGCAGUAAAUAACCACCACGGCGCUACAGGACUCAACGAUGCUUCACAUAACGACAACGGCCAUCACGACAACAUAUCCAAGCCUCGAGACACCAAGAACCGCUCUAACAGACCUCCCCAGACGCGCAGGAACGAUCCCAAACCCAAGGAAACGUUGGUGAACGGUACCGCCACGUAGAGCCCAAUGUUCGCAUCCCUUGAAUGUUUGUGCGCUAUCGUCUAUUCUCGGUAGAACGAACUCUUAGGUUUAAUUCACUGUAAGGUUUUCUUGGAUGAUUCCUAAUAGAGGGUGGUAUGGCGGUUAUAUGAUAUUUUUAAGGCGGAGAAAAUUUAGGCAGUUUAGGCGGAAAGGUCUAGAUGCAAUUUUUGAAAUUAUUAAGGGGAAAAAGUACUUAAUUAAGUUACUUAAGUAUUGUAUGAACGAUUGCAAAGCUGCAAUAAAGUGUUUUAAAAGUUUAUUAGGUGAUUUUGUCAUGCUAUGCAUUUUAAAUACUGUAAUUAUCUUCAGCAAUUGUAUAUCCAUUUGUUUCUGUUUUUGAAGUUUUUUUUUUCUAUUUUAUCCUUUUUAUCGUGUUUUUUGUAUAAUUCUAUAUUUCCUAGUUAUUUGAUUUUUUUUUAUUUUAUGUAAAAAACACUCGGUUUUUUCUUUCUAAUUCUACGGUCCUUAUCGUAAGUCUAAGAGUUAACAUGUUUACUUCAUUUUUGUGUCAACGCUUCACUUUAUUUCCGUAUAUUAUUUUUCUCUUAUAUUUCUUGAAUAUAAUUAUAUAAACUGUUGGUGAAGUAGUUACCACGUUUUGGGUUUGGUUUUGUUUUCAUUAGCAUUUUUCUUACUUCCCCUGUUUACCAUAUCUCUUUGUUGCCUAAUUGUAGUAUCUUCUUGUUUUAUGACGUUUUUGCAUAGUCAACUUCGACAUCAAUAGACUUCUUAAAAUAUUUCUAAUAUUUUAAGCAUCGUGAGGAAUACUGUACAUACCACCAAUCACUUUGCUCUUUAGGUUUUGUAUAUUAUAUCGUAGUUUGAAGAGAAUUUCUACUUGUAAGAGUUCUGUACGUAGUGGGUUCCAGAAGUACCUAACUCAACAACGAAAGCAAAGAAAUUGAAAAAAAUUAUUUAUUUUUCAACAUAAUCUCUUUUCAGUUCUAUAUACUUUUCACAGCGAUGUUCAGUUUUGAUUGUUCGGUUGUCUAGGAUGUGAGGUGAUGGACCUAUGUUUACUCCAUGGCUAUGAAACGGCGCAAAAAUUCUUCUUUAUUGCUGUGAAAUUUUGCGAAACACUUAUUGAAACACUUGAUUUGCAGCAUUUUUUGCAAUGCUUACUAAGACUCAUAUUGAUUGGGCUGAGGCGAACAAUGUGGUGUUUUCAAACUUGAAACAGAGGCUUUAUAGAUUGUGUACUUUUUAAUUCAGUUAUAUUUUUUUAAACAACUAUCGCUGUCUCUGUUAAAGGCCGUGUACUUCUGAUUCCACCCAGAUAUAGUGCUGCUAAAGUGUAACUUCAUUAUCAAAUCUUCAAUCUAAUUGAAGAUUUUUCUACCAGUUACUCCAUCGACCCAUCCUUCUAAAGCCAUCUUCAUGACAUAUGACAUGUUCGCCACAAAUGUCAAAGCGCAUCCUUGUCUAACCCCUCGCUUUGCUCUGAAUUGGCUUAAGAAUUUCUAAUCUAAUCAUACUGUGGAUUGAUCUAGUUGGACUGGUACAUAUUUUCAAUAAGUGUCAGCAGAUGUAUUAGUGUACCAGGUUGCCACUCAUUUAUAUUAAAAUGGACUAAAGAUUCUGAAUGCCUUCUGAUAGUUAACGAAUUUUCUCGACUUUUCGAUGAGUUGUCCUUAGUUCAGAAUUUGCUCCCGGAAUUCUUUUCCCUUUACUGUUUUUUUACUUAUUUCUUAUGUAACUUAUCUGUUUUUUGUCUAGUAGAAUAUAAAUUAAGAUACACCAAUCAAAUGGUCAUUUUCCAGAAUUCCAAACAGCGACACAUAUAAUGGAUAUGUCCUUUGUCACCUAGUGACUGCAUCAUAUCUGCUGGUUUUGUGUCAGUGCCUGGGGAUUUAUUCUUUUUAGCGCUUUCAUUGCAUCUUUUACUUCAGAACCGUAGAUUCUCUAGGGUACUAGGAGGGCCAUAUAUUUCUGCUGGAGUCUCUAUAAAUCUAUAUAAAUUCCUCAUAAUAAUAGUUUUGCCUCGUUUCCAAUAUUUCGUUAUUAUCGGUUACCUUGCUUAUCCAUCAGAGACCACAUUUGAGUUGUAAACUCUUUGUUAAGGAGUUUGACCUUUUGGAAUAAAUCUUUCAGUUCAUUCGAACAACCAUGUUCUUCUAAAUAUUAUAGGUAUGGGUGUUUAAAGCGAUUUGUUUUAGUUAGUACAACAGGGUUAAGCAACGACGUUUCUAAUAUCUGUUUAUAGAAUUUCUAAUUUCUUUUUAUAAGAUAGAUAUACAGUACGUAAAUCAUUCGGCUGGACAUAGGGAUUAUACAUUGAGAGAAUUGUGGCAACUGCGGUAACCUGUGUUAGUUGAAGCUUCUGUUCGAGUACGAGUUUUUGGUGUAAUAGAGCUGUUAGAACGAAUAGAAUGAGUGAAUUUUGAAGCAAUGCUGUCCAUAAUUAAAUCGAAAACGAUUAAUGAGUUAAUAAGUUUACUUUAAUUUUUAAAAUAUUUAUUUUUAAAAACUAAUUUCAAAACUAAACAGUUUUCCCAUUCCCUUAGGCCAAAAAUAUUUAGCUACUACAUUGUAAUAUUUUGGCGUUUAUUUGUGUCAGAGUUGUCAAUUUUGAGGUUAAUGCCCCUUAAUGCUAACAACCAUCAUGUCAUCGAGAGAGCUUAGUUGCCACAAUUGUCUCAAUAUAAUACAAUGUAUGUAUUUAUGUAUCUAAGUAUGUACAAUGUAUGUUUCCUAUGUCCAGCUGAACGAUUUACGUACUGUAUUUAUAUACUUACGUUGAGUGCGUUACGAGGCAUAUAUGUCCCGUAGUGAACCUUUGCCACAGUUCGUUAGGACAGAGUCGACGCAGCCAACCGUUAGUGUAAUACGAGGUCUGUUUGUCUCGUAACGCAGCCAAGGUGUUAACUUUCAGCAUGCAUGUUUUACCAUUAAAAAACAUGAGAUAUGCAGGUGAACUUCAAAUAGUUCGUCGAAUCUUAAGAUAAUUUACAGUGUUUUCAUCAAAACACUUUAUUUAGUACGAAAUUUUUGUUGCCUAAUAAGUCUUUAUGAUCAUAUUAAAAUAAACGUUGUUACCCCUCUACAGAAAACCGUACAGUGGUUAAAAUUGGAAUAUUUGCGCUACCGUUUACAGAAUAAGAACAUUAUUUAGUUUUCGUUAUUGUUAAUUUUUGUGUUGCAUAUCUUUUCCCGGUGUAGUCAUGAAAUAAUAUUAAAAUAGUGGGUGGUCUGCUACCCCACCUCGGAUGAGACCUUGAAAGACUGCUUGGUUCUGUGAACCAUCACACCAAGUUCGCUGCUAGAAGACUGUGAGUGUGAUUGACUUUUAGUAGAUAUAACCUGGAAGAUUUGUGACAACUUUUCUAAUUUUUCAUACAUUGAUGUUACUCUCCCUAUCUGCGCACACGAUAAGAUUUGUUAUCGGUAGGUACUUUGCUAGGGGGCAUCAAUAUGAAGCAACUUCGGUGAAAUGAUGAAGGAAAUUAGAUUUUAGUACAGGGUGUAUGUAAAGAACGUUCGAAUGGUUUGCGAAAUGAACAUCGGAUCGAAAAACUGAAAAACAUGUGUUAAUAUUUUUUAAAAAUCUAUCGAAUGACACCAAACACGAACCCCCAGCCACGCCCCCUAGAGCGGGGAGGAGGCACUUUUGAAAUCCUAUAUAGGAAUCCCCUUUUUAUUGCAGAUUAUAAUUCAUAUAAUUCAGAUAUCCUCAUAAAAAAAAAUAAGUAAAUUUUAUAAGGAACAUUUUUUCUCAUUGUUGAUACGUGGGGCUAUAAUCGUCAAAAAGUGAGUAUCGUCAUACCAUAGGUAAAUUAUAGAAACGGUAAUAUUUCGAGAAAUACACUUCCAACUUAAAAACAAAAAACACAUUUUUUCAUUUAGAAGAGUAUUUCUCAAGAUAUUAGACCAUUUCCAUAAUUUUUCUAUGGUACAAGGAUAAAUCGUUUAUUUUUACAGAUUAUAGCGCCAUCUAUCAAUACUUCUAAAAGUUCCUCGAAUAAAAGUUACUUAUUUUUGUAUAAGGAAUCCAAAGCUACAAUUAAAGUCGUGUUUAGCGUCAUUCGAUAUAUUUGUGAAAAAUAUUGAACACGUGUUUUUCAGUUUUUCGAUCCGCUGUUAGUUUCGCGAAAUAUUCCACUGUCCCGCUUCUUUUCAUACACUCUAUACAAUGUCCGUCUUUCUGUUGAAGAGCUUGUGAGAGUCUACAGCUUGGUUGCUUAUUUCUCUGCUUAUAGACCAGGGCGCACCUGUAAAAAUAUUAGUACAUUUGGAUGUUGAGAGGUGACUCAUAUUUUUUUGCAGAAAUUGCUUGAAAAUAACUCAUGUAAUAAUAUUUGAGUUGUCCUCCCACUCAAAAAGGUCCGGAACAUUGUUUAAAUAAUCAAAAUGUCAAAAAAUGAAGGAAAAAUUCGAUUUUUUUCUUCGUUUUUUGUUUAUAACUUUAAAAGUAUUCAUUUCCGACAAAAGUUGUACUGACAUAAAAGUUGCGUAAUUAAAUUUCCAACAAUAUAGUAUUAGUUAAAAGUUUUAAAAAUUGUCACCCUUGUUGCAAAAUAGCAAUAAUUGCGAAAAAAACCAUAAAAAACAAGUAUUCGCAUUUUACGUUUUUCAACCAUUUAUGCUACACUUAGGACCUUCACAUAUGCAAUUGUUUAAAAAAUAUUUCACAAACAAUAAUCAAAUUAGUUUGAUUUUUGUGGAAUUAAAAUAUUAAAAUACAACAAAAUAUAGAGCAAGAAAAUAAUAAUAUAAUAUGGUAAAGAUUGGAAGAAAUUAUGGUGGAAAUCAACUUGUGUGAAUCGAACACUGCUGUCCUGCGCGUCGCACCAAAAAUUAAUGUUGAUUUAAAAAAAUUCCUGACGCCGUGGUAGUUAAGCGAUUUUAAUUUUGCAAAUUGCAAAUGAAAGGUACAGUAUUCUUCUAUAUGUAAAAACAAAAAUUCAACUUGCUAUCUGCUUUAUUUUCAGUCCUGCAACAUUUUGAAAAAAUGAAAUUUAUUUGCGAAAGCUGGAUUUCAAAAUUUAUUUUGCAAAAUCUAUUGAACCGAUCUUAAUAAAAUUUACAGUAUUGUUUUACUAUAUCAUAAAGUUUUUCUGGGUAAAAUAUGAAGGUCUUAAGGGGCUAUCCUAGUGUAAAAGUACGAAAUUCAUAUACUUUUUUGGGAAUUUCUAAAAUAAAAAGUACUGUACCAAUUGUUUUGAAAAUUGUCAUGAGCAUUUAUUGGAUAAAGAAGUACAUAUAAAAAUAUUUUCAUAACAAAAUAUUGAAAAUUAAACGAUUUAUGCGCCAUCUACUGGCACCGUGAAAAUAAAAACAUAGCUCCACUGCUGCAGUGAUUGGGACUAAUAGAGAUCCUGAAUCAAAAAAUUUCAAAGUUAUUAUUGAAAUAUAAGUUAUUUUCUAUACCAUCAACUAGGGGUUUUUGAUCGGAUAAAAAAUGUCAAUUUGACAGUUUUUGAAACUGAAAAUGUUUUAGCUAAUCUUAAAAGAAAUUUUCAACACUUCGUCAUUUUUCCAAAUUUUAAUAUUUUUCAAAAAUCCUAGUUGAUGGUAUAGGAAAUAACUUAUACUUCAAUAAUCACUUUGAAACUUUAUGUUUCAGGAUCUCUGUUAGUUCCAAUCACUGCAGCAGUGGGGCCGUGUUUUUAUUUUCAUGGUGUUAGUAGAUGGCGCAUAAAUCGUUUAAUUUUCGAUAUUUUUUUAUGAAGAUUGUUUUACAUGUACUUCUUUUUAUAAUCAAUGUUCGUGCAAAUUUUAAAAACAAUUGGUAUAGUACUUUUUAUUUUAGAAAUUCCCAAAAAAGUAUAUGAAUUUCGUAUUUUUACACUAGGAUAGCCCCUUAAGUCUAGCAUAAACGAUAAAAAAACGUAAAAUGCAAAUAUGUACUUGUUUUUUUAUGUUUUUUUUCGCAAUUAUCGCUAUUUUGCAACAAGGGUGACAUUUUUUAAAGAAUUUAACUAAUCCUAUAUUGUAGGAAAUUUAAUUACGCAACUUUAAUGUUACUGCAACUUUUCUGGGAAGUGAACACUUUUAAAGUUAUAAUCAAAAAACGAAGAAAAAAAUCGAAUUUUUCCUUCAUUUUUUGACAUUUUGAUUAUUUAAACAAUGUUCCGGACCUAUUUGAGUGGGAGGAUAACUCAAUUAUUAUUGUAUGAGUUAAUUCUAAGCAAUUUCUGCAAAAAAAUAUGAGUCACCUCUCAACGUCCAUCUCAAAACAGAUGCGACCUGGACUAUUAGACAGACAUAAAUAUGACAAAAUUUAUGAGAAUUUAAUGAAAGGGGAAUUAUUUUUAUACAAAGGAUCGAUGAGAGCAAUGUUUUGAGGUUAGGAGCUCAAGAAGUAUCACCAACAACAGAAGCCUAAAAAGUGUACAUUGGUUUGAAAGGUUCUGUUGUAAUAUCUAAAGUCCUUUUUCUGAAAUUGUUUCUUUGUGGCAUUCAAUGCCUUCUAAAGUCCUCAACUAUCAGAUCAUUUUUGGGAUAACUUCCAAGGUUGAUAAUGAGCGGUUCUAGGAAUUAUAAAAAAACACUUGGACCAGGAACUAAAAAAUAAAUAAAAUAAUCAGCAUCCUUUUGGAUUAAUUUAAUAGGUUUUUCCAACUCGAUACAAAACCGUUCUUGAAUCGUUACGCGCAUGCGCAUACUCGUAACCGCUCAAGAACGGUUUUGUAUCGAGUUGGAACAAACCUAAUAUUUACUUACCUAUUUCGUAAUAGGAGAAUUCUUUUAGAAACGGUCUUAGCUAACUUUUGUAAACUACAGACAAAAUAUCGUUUGUGAAAGGGCUUAGUAAGGGGUAAGUUUAUUUAAAAAAAUUUGUCUUAUGAAUGUAGUAAGUAAAUAGUAAAUUAAUGUGCAUUAUUUUUUUUAGUUUGGUGAUCCAAGUCGUUUUUUUUUUCGAUUAUUUCGGGGAGCGUUACCUAGCAAAAUUGGAGGAUACACUGAAAUUGAUCUUGAAUACAUACCUUGACGUUAAGUAUCGUCUAAUAUUUUAAAUCUGACAACAUAAACGUCAAAUAAAAAAGAUUAUUUUAUAAUUUAUGGUAAAUCAUCAACAAAAUAUUUGAAAAAAGUCGUAAAGUUUCAACAGUAUAGAUCAGGGUAUACUUCUCGUACAUUGAACAGUAUUAUAAAACCUUACAAGUCCUCAGAUAUUGCUUUUAUAUGAUGUAUAAUUUACAAAAAAUACACUAUUAUCAUCAUUUCACCGAUUUGCCUUCGACCUGUGCCCUAACCAUGUAUAUUUUCGUUGUAUAACGAAACUGUAAUGACCUUCUACCUGUCGAAUAUUAUUUGCCAUCGGUUAACUAAAUAUUUCUGUGACAAUUUGUAUUUAUAAACUUUAUUUAUUAUUUUUUAUUUUGUUUCUUGGUAGUUUGUAGCACUGUAAAUUACUUACAGGUUGUUCUUUUCUUUUGUAAUAUUUAAGUGUAACAAUGUAAAUACACGUCCUGAUUUUUUUGUAGAUUUUAUGGCGUUUUGAUCAUUUGCUCAUGUUAUUUUCAAAUUACACCAAUAUGUUUAUCUGCUGUGUAUUAACAACACAUUUUGCAUCAAUAAAAUGAGUCAAAAAUCA